UCCUCUUCGUUCAGUCCACAUGCAUUCAUUCUCGUUUCGCUAAAGGAGGUGUAGUUUGUUCGAUUGUUGCUGCUGAAAGGGGUUGGACAAAAAUAUUUUUCACCAUGAACAACUGUAAUAGCUUCGUCAACAUGGCGUCGAUAGGAGAUUUCGACCCGCUCAAUGCUUCCAUCCCCGCCACCAAAGUUGAAAUCACAGUGUCUUGCAGAAAUCUGCUGGACAUGGAUACCUUCUCCAAAUCAGACCCAAUAUGCGUUCUGUACACACAAGGCAUCGGCAAUAAGGAGUGGAGAGAGUUUGGAAGGACAGAGGUGAUUGAAAACACUCUCAACCCGGAGUUUGUUCGUAAAUUCAUCUUGGAUUAUUUCUUUGAGGAACGACAGAAUCUGAGAUUUGACCUGUACGAUGUCGACUCAAAGAGCUCCAACCUGUCAAAACAUGACUUCCUUGGCCAGGCGUUCUGUACGUUGGGAGAGGUGGUGGGAUCGCUGGGCAGCCGUAUGGAGAAACCUAUGGCGGGCAUUCCCGGAAAGAAGUGUGGAAACAUCAUUGUUAAGGCAGAAGAGAUGGGAAACUGCAGGGAGUCCGUGAUGAUGCAGUUCUGUGGGAAUAAACUGGACAAGAAAGAUUUCUUCGGCAAGUCAGACCCAUUCCUCGUCUUCUAUCGCAGCAAUGAAGACGGCACGUUCACAAUCUGCCAUAAGACAGAGGUGGUGAAGAACACACUAAACCCAGUGUGGCAGGCCUUCAAGAUACCUGUCAGAGCACUCUGCAAUGGAGACUACGACAGAACGAUCAAGAUAGAAUGCUACGACUGGGAAAGAGAUGGAAGCCAUGACUUCAUAGGAGAGUUCACUACCAGCUACAGAGAGCUAUCCAGAGGCCAGUCCCAGUUCAAUGUGUAUGAGGUUAUGAAUCCGAAGAAGAAAGGAAAAAAGAAAAAAUACCUAAACUCUGGAACGGUAACUCUGCUCUCAUUCCUGGUGGAUAUAGAAGUCACCUUCCUCGACUACAUCAAAGGAGGGACCCAGAUUAAUUUCACAGUGGCAAUUGAUUUCACCGCUUCAAACGGCAACCCAGCCCAGCCCACCUCCCUCCACUACAUGAGUCCCUACCAGAUGAAUGCCUACGCCAUGGCCCUGAAGGCUGUAGGGGAGAUCAUCCAGGACUACGACAGUGAUAAGAUGUUCCCUGCUUUGGGCUUCGGAGCCAAGCUGCCCCCCGACGGACGGGUCUCACAUGAGUUCGCCCUGAAUGGCAACCCCCAAAACCCAUACUGUGCAGGUAUAGAUGGAGUGAUGGAGGCAUAUUACCAGAGCCUGAAGUCUGUCUGCCUCUACGGCCCAACCAACUUUUCUCCUGUCAUCAACCAUGUGGCCAGGUAUGCUGCGUCAGUGAAUGACGGCUCUCAGUACUUCGUCCUUCUCAUCAUCACAGAUGGAGUCAUCUCAGAUAUGGCCCAGACCAAGGAGUCCAUCGUCAACGCAUCGUGUCUUCCCAUGUCGAUUAUCAUCGUAGGGGUGGGACCAGCAGAAUUUGAUGCGAUGAUCGAGUUGGACGGGGAUGAAGUGAGGAUCUCGUCGAGAGGAAGAUAUGCGGAGAGGGACAUUGUUCAGUUUGUCCCGUUCAGAGACUACAUCGACCGGACAGGGAACCACAUCCUGAGUAUGGCCCGUCUAGCCAAGGAUGUCCUGGCUGAGAUCCCUGACCAGUUCCUCUCCUACAUGAGGACCAGAGGCAUCAAGCCCUUGCCCACACCCCCCCCCUACACACCCCCAGGGUACCCUGUCCAGAGCCCCGAUGGACACCCAUUAAAUACCCCCCCAGGACACCCCCUGCAGACGCAGAUCUGAAGGGUGCGGAGAUGCCCCAUGGUCUCAAACAACACCUCUUCAAAUAUUUCUUUGUCUCUCUCCUCUCUGCAUCACUCAGUGAUAGGAGAGGCCUUCUUGGCUUUCUCGCGCUCUCUCUCAUUGCACUAAUGGAGAUUGACUGACUGGCAGAAUGUUUUUACUGAGCGGUUCUACUUUGGAACGGGUAGAUGGAGUCAAUAAGGGCAUGUUUACUUUCAUUGUCAAGCGUUCCUCUGUCUGGACUUUCUGUAUAUCGGCAAAUGGAGACACUCUCUGGGACACAGAUAGACAGAGUCUGGUCUUCCCAGCUCACCUGGCAUGGAUUAGCAGAGUUAAGGAAAGGAUGAAUGGUGGAAGGAAGAAUGAAAGGAGGAUAGGAAGGAAUUUCCUGGGGACUGGCCUUUUCAGGAGCAGAGUGGCGAAAAGGUUCUAUUGUCUCUGGAUGUGGAAUCACUUGACUGUUGUACUGGAAAUGUAUUUCCUUCUCUCUCCCUCUAUUUCUGGUCUCUUUCUAUCUCUCUCUACUCUAUCUCUGGUCUCUUUCUAUCUCUCUCCCUCUAUCUCUGGUCUCUUUCUAUCUCUCUCCCUCUAUCUCUGGUCUCUUUCUAUCUCUCUCCCUCUAUCUCUGGUCUCUUUCUAUCUCUCCCUCUAUCUCUGGUCUCUUUCUAUCUCUCCCUCUAUCUCUGGUCUCUUUCUAUCUCUCCCUCUAUCUCUGGUCUCUUUCUAUCUCUCUCUACUCUAUCUCUGGUCUCUUUCUAUCUCUCCCUCUAUCUCUGGUCUCUUUCUAUCUCUCUCUACUAUAUCUCUGGUCUCUUUCUAUCUCUCCCUCUAUCUCUGGUCUCUUUCUAGCUCUCUCUACUAUAUCUCUGGUCUCUUUCUAUCUCUCUCCCUCUAUCUCUGGUCUCUUUCUAUCUCUCUCUACUCUGUCUCUCUAUUCUUCCAACUCUCACUCAAUGUUUACAGUACAUGUUAAUGAUAAUGAUUUUUUACCAUUGGACACUUUUAUAUAAUAUUCGUACUUCUUUCAGUAUGAAACUUUGGAAUAUCAACUGAUAUUCUCUCUAUCUCGCAGCGUGUUGUCUUUGCCACGGGAGUCAGGUUGAGGUUGCAACAGGUCCAAGUAGCCACUGUUAUUGUACUGUACUAUACUAUGUGUCCGUUUGCAUGAGUGUAUCGUCAGAGCAUGCAUUGUGGUCCUACACUUCCCUGCCUGUCACUGCUCUCAGGCUUUGGGGUUCCAUGUUUUUAACUUUUAACUCUGUUGUUGAAGCGCAUUCUGCUCCUUUCUAAACUGCCUUGGCGAUAGGGUGCCCAUGCCAGCCACGCUGCGAGUGCCCACGGGUUUUCUCACUGUGUCGAGAACAACAGUGACUCAACCAACAGCAUAUUCCCUUCCAAUCCAUUUAAAUAACAACACCUGCUCUCAGAUCCAGUUUGAGACAACAGCAGAAGCCCAGUGGUCAAAAACAGUAACACAAAUGCUUUCCGUUUCUUUGGUUCUUGUUCUUUUGUGUUAUUAUUACAUUUACAUUUGAGUCAUUUAUCAGACGCUCUUAUCCAGAGCGACUUACAGGAGCAAUUAGGGUUAAGUGCCUUGCUCAAGGGCAUGUCGACAGAUUUUUCACCGAGUCGGCUCAGAGAUUCGAACCAGCGACCUUUCGGUUACUGACCCAAUGCUCUUAACCGCUUGUUUGCCUUGGAAGCUGAUAUUCUUAAGUAUAUUGUUUUAAGUUGCCUUGUUAAGGUAAUUUUAUUGUUUUGAGUUGUGCCAAUAAAUAUGUAAUAUUAUUUAAUUGUUAUAAUGUUAAGCCCUGAAUGUGUUGGCCCUAGAUGAUGGUGUCUGGUGGUUGUCAUGACAACAUGUUCUUCCUAAAUAUUGUAAAUCUCAUCCCAUAAUACCAAUUAACAAAUACCCACUGAGGGCUAGGAGUUUUUCCUCACAGAGGAAAAACUCCUGGCCCAUAACCAUUAUACACAGUCAACCCUCUCUUACUUCUUACAGCCAGGGUAUCCUCUUCAAUCUGCUGUCUUAAUGGGCUUAGAGUUUAUAUCAUCUGCCUUUUAAUUAUUAAUAAUACUAAUAAUUAUUAUCAUAAUAUAACUAUUAGCUAGUGCUUGUAUGGAGGUGGUUUGUAAUUGAUAACUUGAUUGGUUGCAUAUCAAUCAAUAUUCCUUAUCAAAUUAACAGACAUUGCAACACCACAUUUAUGUGUUUCGCAGUUGUUGCCAUUUUCAUGUGUGUGCCGCUGUCGGUCUGUUACCUGUCUGUCUGUUGCCAUAUCAUUACUGAUAGACCGAUGCCCUUUGCCACACUUCAACCACAUAAGCAACACCUCUGUUUCUCUCUCUGUGUAAUUCCUCCUCCUGCCUCACUGCAGCUCUGUGGACGCUGCCUCACAGAGUGCAAUAGACUGUGUUUCAAUGCUUAAAUAGGAUUGACUCCAAGCCAAUAAUAUUUGGCAUGGCAGGAGGAGAGGGGGAUGAAAGAGGGGGAUACAGCCCAGUGGGUUAUGUCAUUGGAGGGUCGUUCCAUGUCAUUUCAUCAUUCUAUGUCAAUGUUAAAGGAAUAGUUCACCCAAAUUACAAAAUUACAUAUUGGUUUCCGUACCCUGUAGGCAGUCUAUGGACAAAGUACGACAGCAUCCCAUUCUUUGGUUUUGUUCACCUGGCCACUGUUUUGAAUUCUAACUUUUUAGCAUUUGUCGCACAAAUCCAAUGCAAGUCAAUAGUACCUAUAUUAGCAUUUCCGCGCUUCAUAUCCAAAUCAUCUUUGAUAACGUAAUUGAUUUGAACACGACGUGUAAAAAUGCCAAUAUAUAUCCUCUUUCUUGUGUGUUUUGAGGUGGAACGACCCUGGACAGAAGUAGACAAACAGGUCAACCCUCUGAUGUAGUCAGAAGAGUACGGGCAUUAGUGCUACAUGCCUGAGUCAACACAGUGCCAAACCUAUACAGAGAGAUGUUGGCUAGCCUAGAAAGAGAAUAACCUCACUCGGUAUAUUCAACAUGACAGUCUGUCAUUUUAACCCAUACAUUUUACACAACAUAUUUGAUAAGAAACCUCUGCCUUGUUUAAAAAAAGACAUACAGUAGACACACACUGUAUUUUUAUUUUCUCACGACUUUCACUGAUGUCUUCUUUUGUCGUGUUUUUCUCACAAAUUUGAAAGCCUUCCAUAAUUGGCGCUCUGCAUCUGUAGUUGUAGCCUAGCCUUGAGUCUGUGUAUCAUAUGAAACCCUAGCGAAAUCCAUAUAGUGCACCACGUGGCUCUUGUCAAAAUAAAUGCAUUAUGUGGGGAACAGCUAGUGUGUUAUUUGAAACCCAGCUUGUCUGAGUCUGUGCUGCAGUCUCCCACUGGGCUUGUAGCAGAGCAGAGCAGGAGGUAUCAUUAGGACUUUGGGUCACAGUCUAGAGAUCGUUAUAGGCUCCUAUUAACCACCCACAGGCUACUGACACAGUGUGGAUACACACGUGUGCGCGUGCAUAUACACAGGCACACGCACACCGCUCACACACAGACACACAUACCGCUGAGACCAUGGUCACCAUCGUGGACUACUGACAUUGUCAUUUAUUAGUGCUUUCUCAGUUCAAACUACUAUGGAAAGGAUCAUUCUUUUCUUUCACUGCUUUGCUAGUGCCACAACUCUUGCCAUCUGCUUGCCGUGUGUGUGUGUGUGUGUGUGUGUGUGUGUGUGUGUGUGUGUGUGUGUGUACUUGCCGCCAGAGUUUAACAGACCAUGUGAGUUGACACACGUGAUCUUUGUUUACUAAAGAUAUACAAAUAAUAUAUUGUAUGCUCAUCAUAUCUACUUAUAACGUGCACUAUGUUUGCAUGUACAGUUUUACAUGAGAUGCACCAGUUCUUUUUGUUAUAAUUGGGUGUUUUGGAAAAAGAAAAUCUAUGAAAAUAACUGUACAAAAUUGCCUUAAAAACGUUCACUGAUUUCUUGGAAUUUGUGCGAUGCCUUCAGAUAUUGACUUGUUCUCUAUUUUGUGUCAGUGUACAAUAUUUGCUUUUCUAGUGUAUAUUUUCUUUGCAUAACUUCAUUUAUGGGGAAAAAAUAUAUUGUAUUUUUGGAAUCGGUGGUAAAUCAGAUAAAAGCCUGACUGAAGUUCUGAUUGUCUGGUAAUCCAUAUUAUAGAUGACUAUUUCUGUAUUAAACUACUGAUUUUUAAAUAAAUAUUCUUACUAAACACUAA